AUGGCCGAAGACUCCAAGCCUCAGAUCGAGGAGGAGCCUUUGGCUCUGCCAGAGUCCCUCCAGGGCAUCGCCAAGAAGAGCCGAAAGAGAAAAGGCAAGGGCCUUAUCAACCGUGGUCCUACAGCGCUUCCAAAGAACCGUGGAAGUGGUUUCGAGGAGUACUUCGCCGACCCGCCUCUCACCCCUGUCGAGGCCACAGAGGAGAAGAAUGAGAUCUACUCUCCAGACCUGCCUUUUGCUGAGCGCAUGCAAUCUUGCAUCCAGCGUUUCCGCUCCCGACGUCGUCUCCAGGGCGACCGCGGCCUCUACUUCAACGAGUAUCUCUUCCUCGGCGGCGUCGACACCUCGCCCAACACCUUCGGCGGCCUCGGCCAGCAAGAGCUGAAGGAACUGACUCCCGCCCAGCGCCGAGAGGCUACUGCCACAGAUAUUAUCUGGGCCAACUCUCAAGGUGGCGAGAAGUUCUACGAUGGCGAUGACGAGAAGUGGAAAGUCGAUUUCGCUGCUGUCGUCGCGGGCUUCUUCUCUGUCAGCCUCGUCCACCUGACCUCCUUUGAGCCCAAGAGAAUGGAGGAGGGCAUCGACACGAUUAAGAACUUUCUUCGAUACGUCCUCCAGCACGAUGUCUGCCCUGAGUAUGAGGACAGUGUCAAUGAGGCUCUUGAGCUGUGCAAGACUGCGAGCGUUGAGUGGCCCAUGAUCCGACAGCUCAUGGCUGAUCUCCCGGGGUACUUCACCCUCGCCUGCUCAGAGAUUUUCUAUCAGGAAGCAACCGAAGAGUAUUGGUCAUUCCAGACUUUCAAACGACCCAAGGGCUUCGAUCCCAAGGCUGUAUUCUUCGCGGCCUUUGCUCUCAUGGAUGAGCCUGAACUCUUCGAAAAGCUGUCUCUCAAGGAGCCCAUCAUCUGGAGCGAAUACACCUGCACUCUGGAGCUGGUCGAAGUCAUCCGGCCCGAAGAGGACAUCGUCAAGCGAUUCAACUCACUCGUCAUCGGCGACAAGGCAGCGAACCAUGUCCCAGUUGGAAAAGCUGUCUUCAAACAGGGCUACAUUCAGGAUGAUUGGGAGAACCCAUGGUCUGGGGAGUGGCCUGUCAAAGAGGAUACCAUCACCCUCUUUUUUGACGAUGCCCUCCUCGCAAACAUGAUGCCGGGAUUGAGAACUGUUGCGACCAUUUGUGAGUUGGAUGCAGGAUUGCGAUUUCUCAAAUCUAUUGAGAUGAUUGUCCCAUCGUUCUUCAUUUUCCUCCCGCAGGAGUUGAUGCGCCACUACAAGGAGCCCAGAGUUGAUGAUCGCGCGGCUCCGUCGACCCGGGAUGCACAGAAGGGAAAGGAUCUCGAGGAGGAUGAAUACUGA